AUGGACCGCCGCCGCACCCCCGGCCUCUCCUCUCUCGCCCCGCGCGGCCUGCAAACCCACCACUACACCACGCACGGCGCCGCCCUCCGCACCCGCAACGCGCAGUCCCUCGAAACCCAACUCUCCGUCUUCCAAUCCCUGCUGCACAACUUCGCCCUCACCCACUCCAAAGACAUCCGCGCCAACCCCGCCUUCCGCGCCGAGUUCGCGCGCAUGUGCUCGGCGCUGAACAUUGACUUCCUCGCGUCGAGCUACACCAAGGAUGGGGGAGGGGAAGGGAAGGGCACGGGCGGCAUGUGGGCGCAGCUCCUCGGCGGCAGCGUGAACGACUUCUACUUUAACUUGGGCGUGUUGGUCGUCGAGGAGUGUCGGGCGACGCGCGCGGAGAACGGCGGGUUAAUCAGUGUGGCCGACCUGCGCACGCGCAUACAGAAGGGGAGGGGCAUAGGCGGCGGGCUCAGCGUGUCCGACGACGACAUCAAGCGCGCCGUCGAGUCGCUGAGUCCGCUCGGGAGCUGCUUUAGUCUCAUGACGAUUGGACACCGGAGUCUGAUACGCAGCGUGCCCAAGGAAUUGAACACCGAUCAGAGUACCGUGCUCGAGGCGAUUCAGGUGCUUGGGUAUGUGACGGUGAGCAUGUUGCAGGUGAAUCUGGGUUGGGAGAGGCCCAGGGCGGUCGCGGUGGUGGAGGAUUGUCUGGCGGAUAGUUUGGUGUGGGUGGAUUGUCAGGCGGGCGAGAAUGAGUAUUGGAGUCCGGCUUUUAUUACAGGGGCGUGA